AUGUCUUUUUUCCCCAAAAUCUCUUUCCAAUGUGAAGUUCAACAAUAUCUCACCAAGGUGUUCAAAAAUAAUGAGCUUAUAGCUGCUUUAGGAACACAGGAAGUGGAGAGUAAAUAUCAAUCUCUGUUGAGUCAUCUAUCUCAUCCACCAGGUUUCACAGUUGUUAGAGUUAAUACCCACUUGGCCUCAGUGAAACACGUGAAAAAAUUGCUGCUUGAGGAGAUCCAAAAGCAAUUUAAAGGACUAUGUGUUCCAGUUCUUGAGCACCCGAAACUCCAGGACAUCUUGUUAAUUCCUGUCAUUGGACCCAGGCGAGAUUUACAAAAACAUGCCUCUGAAGUCAUUGUUGGAGCCCAGUGUGGAUAUGCAGUCCUCCGAGGAGCACACGUUUAUGUCCCUGGAAUCAUAUCUACCUCAAGAUUUAUGAAAGCUGGAGAUCUGGUCUCAGUGUAUUCAGAUAUUGAAGGGAAAUGUAAAAGGGGAGCUAAAGAAUUUGACGGAGUCAAAGUUUUCCUUGGCAAUGGGAUUUCAGAACUGAGUCGCAGUGAAAUCUUUAGUUCAAGUGGCCCACUGAGUGGGAUGGGCAUAAGAAUGAUAGAGCCAGUCUACCUUAGUCCUUCAUUUGACAAUGUGCUCCCUAGUCUUUUGUUUUUACAGAACUUGCCUUCUGUGGUUGUGAGCCAUAUUUUAAACCCUCAACCAGGUGAGAGAAUUUUGGAUAUGUGUGCUGCACCUGGAGGAAAAACAACCCAUCUUGCAGCAUUAAUGCAUGACCAGGGUGAAGUAAUAGCCAUGGACAAGAUAGCUCACAAGGUCAAAAAAAUUAAGCAGAAUGCUGAACUGUUCCAGUUGAAUUGCAUUAAGGCCUUUUGCUAUGAUGGAACAAAGGCACUUUCAGUUGAGAAGAAAGAGGAUGAACAAGGUGAAGGACCUCCAUUCUUACCAGAGUCAUUUGAUCGAAUUCUUCUUGAUGCUCCAUGUAGUGGGAUGGGACAGAGACCAAACAUGGCCUAUUCCUUGACUUUAAAGGAACUGACCUCCUAUCUGCCACUACAGCGCAAGCUCUUCACUGUGGCAGUGAAAUUGCUGAAGCCAGGAGGUGUUUUAGUAUAUAGUACAUGUACGAUUACACUCUCUGAAAACGAGGAGCAAGUUGCUUGGGCCCUGAAAACUUUUCCGUGCCUCCAGCUUCAGCCACAGGAACCUCACAUGGGAGGAGAAGGCAUGAGGGGAGCUGGACUGCUACUUGAUCAGUUGAAGCUGGUGCAGAGAUUUGAUCCAUCUGCUAUGACAUUGCAAGGAAUGGAUAUUAAUUCUUUGCAAGACUUCAGGGAAGAUGAUCUGAUUUCACUGGCAAAUAAGGACUGUAUAGGAUUUUUUAUUGCGAAAUUUAUUAAAUCAAACGGUAACUAA